CUUUAUAAAGAAUUGAUUACAUUUGCUCAUUUCAUUUGCUUUGAAAAAAUUUCAAAGUGACUAUUGAGCUGUAAAAUAAAACUCAAGAUGAUGAUUAGUACAUUGGUUGUACUUUUAUGUUUUGCUAGAGCUAAUCUAGCAGAAGAUCUUUAUCAACAAUUGACACCAGAAGAACGAACUAAUAUUUUUCAAACAUCUUCUCCUGAUGACGUUCCCGAGUAUGAAAUUGUUCCAAUUGUAUGGCCAAAAUCACAGAGAAAAGGUCAAGUGUCAAACACUGAACUAACUAUAAAAGCUUUUGGUGAGGAUAUUAAAUUACAAUUAAAUCCAACUGAUGGAGUUUUAGCUGGCUAUAAUACACCCAUUUAUAUGGCAAAAAAAUAUAAAGAAGAAAUGCGUCUUGAUAAAUAUUCAAAUCUGUUGGAAACAAUUCAUACUCGAUUGUUUGAAGAUUUUGAAAAAGGUGCAUCUUUAGUUGUCAGUUCAAAAGAUGAUGGAAAUAAAAAAAUUAUUGGUAGUAUUAUUAGUAAAAAUUUAGCAAUAAAACCAAUUCCUGAACGUUUUAAUGAAGAAAUAAUGAAACAAAGAAAAGUUAUUGAUACUAUUCAAUAUCAUGAUGACUCAAAUUAUCAUAUUGUUCAUAAAAUUAAAGAACCAGUUGAUAAAAGUAAUAUAAAUAUUUCAAAACUUUUUAAAUCAACAAGUGUUACAACAACUGUACCAGAUAUAAUUUAUCCAGAAAUAUUAGUUGUUGUUGAUGAUUCACUUUAUCAAAAAUUAGGAGGUAAUGUUUGGGAAGCAAUUCCAUAUUUGCUUGCAUUUUGGAAUGGUGUUGAUCUUAAAUACAGAAGUCUUGAUAAACCAAAAUGGAGACUCAAUAUUGCCGGAAUUGUUUUAGCUAAAGAUUCUGUUUUAACUUAUCUUGAUGAUAAUAAAAGAGAACUUGUCAAAGUUGAGCUUGACAAAGCAUUAGAUCACAGUGGAGUAUUUUGGUACAAACAAAAUGAUACUAUUCCAAUUGAUAGUUAUGAUCUUGUUGCAACAAUGACAGCUAAACAAUUGUGCAGUGAGGAAGAAGGUUCAAAGUAUUGUGAUGGAGGAGUACUAGGUGUUGCAUAUUACGCAUGUGCUUGUAAAAUAAAUACUUAUACUAAAAGUAUGGCUAAGGUAUCACUAAUUACAGACAAUGGAGCUUAUGAUGGUGUUCACACAGCAACACAUGAACUCGCUCAUUUAUUUGGUGCUGAUCAUGAUGAAGCUGAUGAAGAUGGUUGUUCAUAUUGGGAUGGGUAUAUAAUGGCAGCAUCACCAAUGGUAACAGAUAAAUCUCACUAUUGGUCUAAUUGUACUGUUAAAGAGUUUCAAAAAUUUUUUGAUACUAAUCCAACUUGUCUUUAUAAUAAACCAAUUGUUGAUAAUAAUCUGCCAACAUUAAUACCUGGAAAAUAUUUAGAUGCAAAUGCUCAAUGUACCAGAGCUGGAUAUGGCAAGUCAUGUGAUUCAGGAAAAGAUAUUUGUAAAAAACUUAAAUGUUAUAAUGAAAAAAAUCGUACAUGUGAAAUAGUAGGAACAGCAGCAGCUGAUGGAACAAAAUGUGGUUACAAUAAAUUUUGUUUCCGAGGUGAAUGCAUUGAUGGAUAAAUAAAUUUUGCAUUUAUCAUUUAUGCAUAUAAUGAAAUAAAUUAAAAGAGAUUUGGGCGUUUUAUAUGGAUACAUUAAUUAUCAUAUAUUUUUAAGAUGAUAAAUUAAUAAACGAGAUUUUGGGAGUUUUAUAUAUAUUAAUUAUCAUAUUUUUAAAAUGAUAAAUUGAUUAAAGAGAUUUUGGGAGUUUUAUAUACAUUAAUUUUCAUAUUAUUUAAAAUGGAAAUAUUUUUUUUUUCUUAAAUAAUAAGUUUGGGAUAUGAUGGUGUUAUUUGUUGAAGAUUCAUGUAUUAAUAUUUUUUGUUAAAAAUAUAUAAAUAAAGAUCUUUUUACUCAUGAA